CUCUCUCUCUCUCUCUCUCUCUCUCACACACACACACACACUCAUUUAUACACACACACUCACAAUUCAGCAUCUCCGCUCCCACGACUCGUAAAUCCGCUGGACUGAUGAGCCACAGAGGAAGCUUUCAGUUGGAGGGAGGAUCUCUAACAGCUCCGGUGAGAGUGUUUUAGAGCAUGGCCAGUAGAUGAAGACACUGUGAUCGAGAACCACAGCAGGGAUGAACGGGACCGACAGAACAACAUACCAGGAGGAGGAGCUGGGGAACUCCACCCGGACCUAUUCCUACCAUCACCAGAACUACACCCUCCCCCCACCACUCCUACAGGGCAAGACUAGCACCCCCAAACCUGCAGCAUGUGAGCAGGUCCACAUAGCAGUGGAGGUCUUCCUGAUCCUGGGGAUCAUCUCUUUACUGGAGAACAUCAUGGUCAUCACAGCCAUUAUUAAGAACAAGAACCUUCACUCACCCAUGUACUUCUUUGUCUGCAGUCUGGCAGUCGCAGACAUGCUGGUGAGUGUGUCCAACGCCUGGGAGACCAUCAUCAUUUACCUGCUCAACAACAGGCAGCUGGUGGUGGAAGAGCACUUCAUCAGGCAGAUGGACAACGUCUUCGACUCCAUGAUCUGCAUCUCUGUGGUUGCAUCCAUGUGCAGCCUGCUGGCUAUCGCUGUAGACAGGUACGUCACAAUCUUCUAUGCGCUGCGGUACCACAACAUCAUGACAGUGAGGAGAGCCGGCUGCAUCAUCGGAGGCAUCUGGACCUUCUGCACAGGCUGUGGGAUUGUCUUCAUCAUUUAUUCUGAGACCACCCCUGUCGUCAUCUGCCUGGUAUCUAUGUUCUUCGCCAUGCUGCUCAUCAUGGCCUCCCUCUACAGCCACAUGUUCAUGUUGGCCCGCUCACACGUCAAGCGCAUUGCCGCCCUGCCCGGCUACAACUCCAUCCAUCAGCGCGCCAGCAUGAAGGGAGCCAUCACUCUCACCAUCCUGCUGGGGAUCUUCAUCGUCUGCUGGGCUCCCUUCUUCCUUCACCUCAUUCUCAUGAUCUCCUGCCCCCGUAACCUGUACUGUGUGUGCUUCAUGUCCCACUUCAACAUGUACCUCAUCCUCAUCAUGUGUAACGCAGUGAUCGACCCGCUGAUCUACGCCUUCAGGAGUCAGGAGAUGAGGAAGACUUUCAAGGAGAUCAUCUGUUGUUACAGUCUGAGAAACGCCUGCACCAACAUCUGUGCUCUGACCGGUAAGUACUGAGCAACAGGAAACCAACCACGCUACAGGAAUGAUGGAUGGACUGAAGCCAACCUGAGACUGGAACAAAAAUUAUGUUCAACACUGAAAUCCUGUAUCUGCUGACCGUUUCGCUCCUUGCCAGACUAUUACUGACAACGACCAAUGAAAUGCAUCCUACUGGACUCAGACAUAUCUGCACAAAGAGGAUAAUUGUUGGGCUUCGUUAUCCAAAUAACCAGUUAGCAGCAGACAAUCCUGCACACGAGGCCUGCGCUUCUCGCUGACGCUCUCUCACAUUUCUCCUUUGACUCCUACUUUUUCCUGAUCAGUGAGAUUAUUAUAUUUUCCUGACAGGAUGUGACUGAUGAGGAAUGCGGGUGUUCCUGAUUUUAAUCAUCUUUGCACAUUUAUUCUCCCCUCAGCCUUGCUCUGGAGCACUAAUAAGCACACCCUCAGUAAUUAGGACCCCACACAUGAAUGAGUAUCAGAGGCAGUGAAGUCAGCAACAACUAAAGUUUUGAAAACAAGCCGUCAGAACUUCUCUAUAGUUAUUCUUAUUUAUACACAGUUUCACGCUGCUGCCUCUUGUUUCCUGGAUGUGAACUAUAGCUGAAUAACUUCAUGAAUCAGAAUCAGACCUCGGUUUUUAAAGCAGUUCAGAUGGAAUAACACAUGCUGGGGAUGGACAACAUGCUUUGGUCGCCAUCAUUAGUAUCUGAACUCCAUCCAAGGUCAGUGUGUGAGAUAAACAAAAAUAGAAAGUCUGUCGCUUUGGUUGUUGUGAUGGCGGUUUGCAUAGACCUGGUAACCCACACCUUAAGCUCUUCUUCACUGACAGGAUUAGUAUCUUCCUCAAAAAAUCUGCUGGAUGAAAAACAUGUUUUCGGCUCUCUGGUGGACCAUCGAUGUCAUGCAAUAACCAACGUAAUGCACUUUUAUUUAACGUGCUGCUAUAAAAAUACAUACAAAUAAAUUAUUGGAUUUUAAAAUUUGCAUUAGCCAAAAAAUGUGUAAAAUGUAUUAAACGUGGACUUAUGACAACUGCAGCAGCCCUGACUAACAACGAUCAAAUAUCAGAGACUAAUAAAUCCCCCAAAAUACAAUAAAAGGAACAAAGAAGAAUUUCUGGGUGUCAUCCUUUAAAUCUGCAAGGUCUCCUUUGUAGAAGCAGGACUAAAUCCCAACUCGUUUACUUCUCUGGUUAUUCUUCAGCGUAACUAAAAGUUUACUUCCCCUCAUGAAUCUGUUUCACUGGAGCCUCGAGAAUUAUAUUGUCAGCAGCGAUAGUUAUCCAUGUCACAGGAAAAACUAAAAAGACUUCAGUUUUCUAAUUUGGGCUCAAUUUUCUACAGACUCUUGACUCGACCUCUUUGGCUGCACAGAUUACAAGAUUUCCAUUUAGAUGUGUUUAGUUAUGGAACAGAAACCCAGGUGUGUGUGUGUGUGUGUGUGUGUGUGUGUGUGUGUGUGUGUGUGUGUGUGUGUGUGUGUGUGUGUGUGUGUGUGUGUGUGUGUGUGUACAGAGAUAACAGCGUGAGCCAAGCGGCAUCCUGAUGAGUAGCUGUGUGGUUAAUCAGCAGGUCCGUAUUCAGAUGAUUAACACCAAAACAGUACAUCAGAAUAACGAUGAGGAGGAGGAAAAAGGAUGCACACAGCCUGACGGUCCUCACAUUAAAAUUCUCUUUAAUAAAAACAGGAUUAUCAGCACUCUCAGCCCCAAAAGCACAGGAUUCAUGUGUGUGACGACACAUCCCAACAUCUUUCAGCAUGGUUCUAGAAUAGUCUAAGUCCAGUUUCACUGAUGUGGUUUCUCCUCUUGCUGCAAACAGAAUGAAUCAUUUUAUCCACAUCUGAGGCAGUCUGGAGUCCAGCCUCACGCAUGCUGCACGUUAGCUUGUUAUCUGGAAAUGGAGAAAAGCUGGCUUUGAGCUGAACUGAACUUUUGAACAGCAUCACUUGUAAACAGCCAGUUUCCUCACUUGUAAACAGCCAGUUUCCCUCCCUGUUGUGCCCUGCUCUUAGUGCUGCUCUUAGUGCUACAGUUACCAAGCAGCCCCCUCCAGUCUGCCAGCGCUAUCCCCACAGAUCUGAAUGUGACGCUCCUCUCCUGCCUGAUCUCUUCUCCAUCUCCGCUAAGCUAAGAUGCCAUGAGGUUUCCGCUGAAAUGUAAAACACUGAAUGUAAAAAUAGCAUUGCAGCGCUCAGUGUGAUUGUGUUCUGGUGCCUACCUCCCAACUGACAAGCUUGAUCCAGUGCUGUAACAAAAGGCUUCAGCCAUCUGCUGAAACACAACGGUUUACAUCACUGCUGCGUUAGACACCAGUUUCUGUCAAGAAAACAGCACACCUUCCCCGAGCCCAUCCGAGGCAUUUUUUAUUCAUAACGGUGUCAAAUGAAGAAGUGUAUGUAAAGCUGGAUGUAAACAGUGCUAAGAUGUUGUUUUCCUCCGUUAUGUGCUGUGCUCGUGUUAUCCUUGCAUCCUUUGAAAUGUUUUACAAAUCUUUUACGAACGCAGAUCUAAGAACUGCUUCUGCAGAAACACUGUAGACCUGUUUGUGGUUGAUUUAUCUGAGUUAAAACAGUUUUCUGUACACAUCUGUAUGUUGGAUGUAUGAAUUCAGUAUUGUUUACUGAUCACUCAGAUGAAGCAGCUGAACUGACCGCUGCACCGAGGUUAACCCCGUGUUGUGGUUGCUAAUUGCAAGCUCAAGCUCGUGCGCACAUGCAGCGAGACGAUUACCAGCUGGGGAGGACACAUGACCUGGGGUCUAGUGACAGUGGACAAAUGUGAAUGCAAGAUGAACUGAUUGAUGUCUGUGUUGCUUAUGUGGCUUCAAAUGAAAUCUUCUAUUUAUGUAUUUAUGUAUGAAUAAAAGCAGAAGGUGAAACUAA